UGUGCCGAUGACACUAUCUACCCUCCUGGCACCAACGCUGUAAUCUCAAGCGGAUUCAGAAAUCUGCAAACAAAUUCACACCGGGACCAGCAUUUGCUCAGCCUGAUAACCGAUUUCAACUUCUCCCGAGUGAGACCUCGGAUCCGUGUGGCCGAAACGAGAAGAAAGCAGGAAUUUCUGUCUUCCUCCCCUCAGAUCGGCAACUCCCUGUAUGACGAGGAGGGCGCCGGCAUCGUCAAGGACCUGAUGGCCAAGGCCGAGAAGAACGGCGUCAAGAUCACGCUGCCCGUCGACUUUGUCACCGCCGACAAGUUCGACGAGAAGGCCGCCACGGGUGUCGCCACCGUCGCCGCCGGCAUCCCCGCUGGCUGGAUGGUGAGUGGCGCCUUUUCU